AUGAAAAAUAACAGCAGCCGUAACAAUAGCAAUGGCCAUUCCAGUCGACGUGGUCCGCGUCGAGAGCAGAAGAAGAACAUGGACUACGAAGCGCGUGUUACCCGCAACGGAGUAUCCGCCAAUCAUCUGCUGAACUUCUCAUUGCCCGAGCGUGAGAAGUCGGUGCAUUCUCAUUAUAAGAAGAAAAAGAAGCAGAGCUCAGUGCCUCGCACGCAGAUGGAAUAUCUUCAUGCGAACUACCGCUUUGUGAUUGCACCACUUGACCCCGAUGCGGUCGUGUCGAUGUGGGACCUUGAAGCUCUUGCUGAGUGGUCCUCGGUGGAACAGGUGCUGCUUUGGUAUGACGUUGAGAGCCCGGAAACUUGUCCGAUCUGCAUGGACACUUUCCGUGCCCCGAAAAUUACAAAAUGUGGCCACAUAUUCUGCUGGCCAUGUAUACUCCGCUACUUGUCGAUGACGGAAAAGUAUUGGCGCCGCUGCCCAAUGUGCUUCGAUUCCGUUCAAAAAGCACAGUUGCGCAGUGCACUACUUCAUCAAUUGCAAAUUCCUCCUCAUGUGGGUUCUGACGCAACUUUCCAAUUGCUGGAGCGUUCGAAGUCCAGCAUGUUUCCCCGUCCUCGUGUACUCCCGUCAACUGGAGCCAUAGGUAAAACGAAUUCGUUAUCGGACGUCGCUGGGUCUGCGGAAAGGAAGCGCUGUCGAAAGUUGCCAAGUGUCAAUGAUGCCGACGCGACGUAUUCUCGCAUCUUGGAGGCAACUUCGGAUUAUUUGCAAGAAAUGCUGUACUCGGAGAUGCGCGAUCUUCAGUCCAUGGAUGCUGAAUUUCGCAGCAGUGGCGACAUCGAAAACCUUCCGUUUGUGGUAGAGGCUUUGCAAUAUACUUCCGAGCGGCUUGCUAAGAGCGGUGAUGCUCGGAAAAACGGAACGCAUCGGUCCAUCACUAUCCCUUGUGCGAAAGGGGAGGUGGAGGAAAGCGGGAGUGGUGACGCGUAUUCGUUCUACCAGAUCGCGAAUGGGACAUACGUGAUUCUUCACCCGUUAAACGUAAAAUGUCUUCUGAAAGAGUUUUCAGACCAGGAGCAGCAGCAGCAACAAGGUGAAAGUACAAACGACGCGCAUCAAACGGAUUUAGAAGCUGUAUGGACCCAAGAGGUAGCAAGCUCAGAGACCGUACGUCCCAAUCGCUACCACCUACUACCAGAACGAAUCAGCGGACGUGUAUUAGACAUCGAGCACAUGGUCAUGGACGACGAAGCGCUGAAGCGGUACCGAUUUUUAAGCCAUCUACCGCGCUUUUGCGAUUUCUACAUUUGCGAGCUCGACUUGAUGUCCCAGCUCUCGCCUUCGACGCUGACCGCGUUUCAAAAUGAACUCAAGAAGCGUUCCAAGCAGCGGAAGCAAAAGUUGAAGCUGCACAGCACGACGACUCCGUUAUCUCCAAUCGCUAAGCGGGACGCGUCAGCGUUUUUACUCGAGCAAGAAGGGACAAUGUGGCCGUCCCCAUACGAACAGGCACUGAUCGAGUCUAUGGAGGAUAUCGCUCUUGAUGAAUUUUCUUCGGACACUGCAGAGCGAGAAAGCCAAUCGUAUGCUUCGGUAGUGGAGGAGCAGCAGCAGUCAUUUGAGAGAGUGACGGAAAACUCUGGAUUGUUUCCUGCACUUGGAGGUGCCUCUACGAGCGACGCCUGGCCUUUUGGCUCAAAUUCAAUCGUAUUUGGCUCGCCGUCUGCGUGGGGCAGUGCGUCCAGCGGUCCACCAGCAGUAGCAUGGACGCCUGGCAAGAAGAAGAAAGGAGCGGGCAAGAAAGGCGUAUCGCUGUUUUCAACCACGCAGCGCCGUUCGUAUCGCUAA